UAGAGACUGCAAUGAGAGCCACAUUUGCCGGCUUGUCAUGUAGAGAAACAUAUCCAUCUUUAUGGGUGCAUUGUUAAAGACAGUGAUACAUUAUAUAAAACGUUUAAAAAUAAAGUAUAGACAGUUGUUGUCUCGUCAGAUUGGAACGGAAAGGCCCCUCAACCUGUUCGGCUGGCAGCCUGUAGACUGAUUUUCAUGCGAAGGGAGCAGGUCGUUGUGCUGGGAAAAUCCAAAGGAUGUGAUGUUUUCUGCACACUUCUGAGAGCCUUGACUCCGCUAUUCAACAGUGACAGCUGUCUGCAACACUAGUUAGGGAACAUUCUUUGUGUUGUGUGAGCUGAUUGGUCAUCACCAUGAGAAAGUGUAAGAAUUGUGGGGGGACGGACAUCGAUGUUGACCAGGCCCGAGGUGAUGCUGUGUGCAUGGGCUGUGGCUCUGUGCUGGAGGACAACAUCAUCGUUUCUGAGGUAACCUUUGUGGAGAACAGUGGAGGAGGAUCAUCCGCCGUUGGCCAGUUUGUCUCCAAUCAAUCAUCUGGAAAUGUUCCAUCAUUAGGAGGAAACUUCCACACUGGUGUAGGGAGAGAGUCCAGAGCUGCCACACUACAGAAAGCUAAGCGGCAGAUAAUCCACAUAGGUCAUCAGCUACAGAUGAAUCAGCACUGUUUGGACACUGCCUUCAACUUUUACAAGAUGGCACUCUGCAAGCAUCUGACCAGAGGGCGCAAAUCCUCCCAUGUCAUCGCUGCCUGUCUGUACCUUGUCUGCCGGACGGAGGGCACACCUCACAUGCUGCUUGACCUGAGUGACCUUCUGCAGGUGAAUGUGUAUGUAUUGGGAAGAACCUUCCUCGUUUUAGCCAGAGAGCUGUGCAUCAAUGCACCAGCUAUUGAUCCGUGUCUUUAUAUUCCACGUUUUGCACAAAUGCUGGAAUUCGGAGAGAAGAGCCAUGAGGUCUCAAUGACAGCACUGCGUCUUCUGCAGAGAAUGAAGAGAGACUGGAUGCACACGGGACGAAGGCCUUCGGGCCUCUGCGGAGCAGCUCUCUUGGUUGCCGCUCGUAUGCAUGAGUUCUGUCGCACAGUUAAGGAAGUUAUCAGUGUGGUGAAAGUGUGUGAGGCUACACUAAGGAAAAGGCUGAAUGAGUUUGAGGAUACACCCACCAGUGAGCUGACUGUUGAAGAGUUCAUGAGAGUUGAUCUGGAGCAGGAGUGUGACCCGCCGUCUUACACAGCUGGACUCAGGAAGCAAAAACUAAAACAGAUUGAGCAGGAGCUUGAAAAGAAAGUUGAUGAUAUUGAAGGUGAAAUCUGUGGAUAUCAGGAUGAGAUUGAAGUAGAACUGGAAAGCUGUAGGCCCAAACCCAGGGGAAUGUAUGCAUCCCAUAGCAAAGAAGAUGAUGUAAUUUCCUUGGCAUCCUCAAGUGUCCUUGAUGGUGAUAAUGAAGGAGAGGAUGAAGAGCUGAGGGCAGCAGCUUCUCACCUGUGUGAAUCUGUAUUUGUUGAAGGGGAGGAUGGAGGUGGGAAUGAGCAGCAGCGAGAUGGAGACAAAGUCUCUCCAUCCAAACGGCCGUCAUUAGCGGUAUUGCUUGGGACACUGCCCACUGCGGCCAGUCUGGGCCUGUCGGAGUCCAUCACCAAAAUGGGAGAGGAGAAAGAGAAUGAUGUGGAGAUGGAAAAUGGUGAGCUAGACCUGAGUGGUAUCGAUGACGACGAGAUUGAUCGGUAUAUCCUCAAUGAGAAGGAGGUUAAGGUGAAAACUCAGCUGUGGAUGAUUCAAAAUGCAGAUUACCUCAAAGAACAAAAAGAAAAGGAAGAAAGGAUAGCAAAGGAAAAGGAGCAGGGUAUAUAUAAGGAGCGGAAGCCUAAAAAGCCAGCACGGAGGCGUGAGCCCAUCAAUGCCAGCACUGCAGACGAGGCCAUUGAAAAGAUGCUAGAGCAGAAACGCAUCUCAACAAAAAUAAACUACGAUGUCCUGAAAGACUUGAAUAAAGCAAGCCCCAAAAGUCCCACCCAUCAGCCUGAAGAAGCUUCCACUAAAGCCAAAAGAACCCCCCAGACCUGCCAGCGGAAACCCCAACUGCUUUCCCCCAAGAAGGGCACACAUAUCAGCAGCUUUGGCAAGAGGUUACAGCCCCUGAUAAGUACACAGCCCUCUAAGAAGUUGGCCCUCGAUCAGAAAGGGUCAGACACCCCAGUGGCCACCCCUGCUGCUCCUACCCAGAAUGCUGUUGUUGUAGAGAGUGGACCAGUGGCGUACGAAGACCCUGCGGAUGAGGAAGAUGACGAUGAGGAGGACGAACACUGUGUCAGUGCCGUGCAGUUAAUGGGCACCAGUGAUUAUGGCUUUGAGGGAGAUGAUGAUUACGGGUUCUAAAUCCAGGGUGUCUGUGGGUGCACCAUUGGUCACUAAAGCCUAUCCUGCUUAUUAUCACACCCCCUCCAAAAAGAACAGCAUGCUGUGUGUAUUUGCACAGCACUUGUAUUUGCAAGAUGUAGAGACUUUACACUACAGUGGGAUGGAGAACAAACUACAACUAAAAGAGAACAAACUACAUGAAUCAAAGCCUUGAAAGCCCUGUAAAAGGCACAAUAAGACCUCACAUUUGUGUGUUAGUGCUUGUGCAUUUAUGCAGGGCUGAGUGUUCUAAGAUCAUAUGCAAUAAAUGACUUUAGAUGAUAAAUUGUGCAGUUACGUCACACACACUCAGCCAUCGUUAAUCAUCCAUAAGUGCAUGCAUAUACUGUACAAUCAUUAAAGCUCACAACACAAACAGAAGAAGAGUGUGUGUGUGUGUGUGUGUGUGUAUAGAGGGAUGAUUCUCUAGAGUGUGUAUGCCUUCUGGUUAACUGCAUUAUUGUGUGUUUUAGGCUAAUGAUGACAUAUGAUCUGGGACAUCUAAUGAGAUUAACCCACACAAGGUUUAGCCCUGUAUGGACAAAUGUAUGCAUGUGCAUGUGCCUUCAACUAUUGCUGUGUACUGUUUGGAAUACUGUGAUGAUUUCAGGGCCAAAGUGUUAUUUUUGCAACCAGAUGUACCUCUAUGCGCUCAGUAUUCUGUUUUGAAUGGAUUUUGGGUUUAAAAGCUGAUUUGUUACAGUGUUACAUUUUGCUCUGCUGCUUGGUCGUUUUUAGUACCUUUUUUAUUUUUAUUUCACAAUCACCUAUUGGUCCUUUGGAUGUUCCAUUCUGAGAUACUGGUCAGGCUUAUUUAUUUUAAGCAAAAUGUUUUCCAGGUGCUGUCAUUUGGUUGGCAUAUAAUAAUUUUGAUUUUGGUCGCUGAUUUUUCUUUUUUCUGGUUUAUCAUGGAAAUGUUGAAUUUAAAUUAGUACUUGAAGGAAAUUAAUUCCAGGUAAAAGCUGUUGAAAUGUUAUUGGCCUGAAUUUAACAUUUAACAUUGAAUGUUUACAAAAUGCAAUCUAAUUUUUUUUCAUAGAUCAAGGAAAUACAAUGUUUGUUUUGAAAUGUGUUGGUGUUAGAUAAAUGAUAGAUUGAUAAUUGUGUAUUGUUAUAGGUUUGUUAAUGAGGAAGAAAAGAUUGUUUUGAUAUGAUCUUACACUCGGUAUCAGAAAAUCUGUUCUCUUAGAGAAUUUGCUUUUGGAUUCUUUGAAAAAAAUAUUUUGCCUAACUAUUAUGUGUGUUUUUAUUUUUCACUUUAUUUAUAGUUUCAUCUUUCCAUGGCUAAAAAAAAAAAUUCAUAGAAUAUAUAUUUUUCUUUCAGAUAGAAUAAGAUUUCAAGGUUUGUUUUUUCUGUGAGGCAAAACCUAACACAUGCAAAUAUAAGAUAGUGCAGAGCUCUACAUAAGAGGUCAAGAAGGUUAUUUCUGCUUACAUUAAAAAUAUAUUUUAAUGUUUAGUAUGUGUGUGAGUGAGGCACACUAGGGCUUUACCCAUCUCAGUCAAAUCUUUUAAAUCUCAGGAUUUAAAAAAGUGGAAAGUUCACAAUUAUAUAUUUGUUUUAAACUUUAAUCACGUCUUGCUUUCUAAAUCAUUCAUUGGUGUCUGUCGAAGCAUAUUGGUGUGGUCCCACUGCAGUAAGGAUGACAAAUAAACCAUAACAGAGCAUUAGGCACAAAGCACUGAUCAGUAGACCUAAACAGUAUUUAUGGAACAAAGAA